AUGAGGGACUCGCCCCCCCUCGACCCUGCAUCACCAGCCACGCAAGCCGGCUCUGCCUCAGUGCCGAAUCUUAUCCCAUCGAGUGAACUCCCAGCUGAUAUCUCCGCCUCGUCGACGCAUAUCGGUCAGAUCAAUGCUGCACGGCAGGGUGCGGGUACCCCGCCGCCACGCCCCCUUCCAUCCAUGAGCUCACAAGGAGUUGGAGGACUGAACCAGGAUAUCAUGGCCAAAAUGAAAGCUUUCUCUCUUUCCAGACAGGGUGUCCCUACCACAUUACCACACACUGCCUCCACCGGGACGAUACCAACGUCCCAGGAGGCCGGCGCUGGUGGUGCUUUGGCGGGACGCAUGCCGACCGCACGUCCCAAUAUCAAAGAUUGGGCCUCCUCCCCUACCAUCCCCGCCGUCAAUUCCACACCGGCAUCUCCGCGACCAGGUCCGACCGGUGGUUUGGCAGCUAAACGUAUGAAACCUGGUCUGAAGCUGUCAGAUGUCACCGGACCGCCACCGCCAGUAAAUGGCACGGACCCCAAACCCGCGGAGCAGAAUGGCGGCGGCGGCGGCGGCGGCGGAGGAGGAGGAGGAGGAGGAGGAGAAUCGGCCUUCACCAAAUACGCCGAGUUCAUUGAUACCAAGGCUGGAACCUUGAAUUUCAAAAAUAAGGCCAUCUUGCAUGGAGGUGGCGUGGAGUUUUCUUCGGGGCAUAGCUUCAAGAUCUCUCUUGAUGAAGUCGAUCGGUUGGAUGAGCUAGGCAAGGGUAAUUAUGGUACGGUUUACAAAGUCCGACACAGUCGCCCGCAAAUGCGAAAGCCUGGAACGGGGCUGGGUGGGAUCGUUAGUCGAGCACCGGGACAGGAUGACAAUCUCGUCCGUCAAGAUAACCUGUCAGGUGUGACUAUGGCCAUGAAGGAAAUUCGGCUUGAGCUGGAUGAGAGCAAGUUUGCCCAAAUCAUCAUGGAAUUGGAUAUUCUGCAUCGCUGUGUCUCGCCUUUUAUCAUCGAUUUCUAUGGAGCGUUCUUCCAAGAAGGAGCUGUCUAUAUGUGUGUUGAGUUUAUGGAUGGAGGUUCAAUCGACAAGCUGUACGAAGGCGGUGUUCCAGAGAAUAUCCUGCGCAAGGUCACCCUCUCGACAAUCAUGGGGUUAAAGGCGCUCAAGGACGAACAUAAUAUCAUUCACCGCGACGUCAAACCCACGAAUAUUUUGAUUAAUAGCAAGGGCCAGAUCAAGAUCUGUGAUUUCGGAGUCAGUGGGAACCUGGUUUCGAGCAUUGCAAAGACAAACAUUGGCUGUCAAAGCUACAUGGCCCCGGAGCGAAUCGCCGGCGGCGGAAUGCAGCAAUCGGGAGCGAGCAGCGGUGGAACAUACAGUGUACAAAGCGACAUCUGGAGUCUGGGGCUGUCCGUCAUCGAGUGCGCAAUGGGACGUUAUCCGUACCCGCCGGAGACCUUCACCAACAUCUUCAGCCAGCUUCAUGCAAUCGUUCAUGGCGAUCCGCCUGGCCUCCCCGAAUCUGGAUACUCAGAGGAGGCUCAUGCAUUUGUGCAAGCUUGCCUCGAUAAGAAUCCCAAAAACCGACCGACCUACAACAUGUUACUGCGGCAUGCAUGGCUUGUGCCUUUGAUGCGCCCGCCGCCUGAGGCUGAAGCAGCGGCUGCCUCCGCAUCUUCGGAGCCUGGUCAGGACCCUCCGUCAUCCAUGACUGAGGAUAAAGAGGUCGCCGACUGGGUCCACCAGCAGCUUCAGCGCCGGAAAGACGGUCUACUCCACGACGUCGAAAAGCCAGCCCUACACGCUGUGGCUCUGGACAAAGUAGCGAACAACCCUGGAUAA